AUGGAUAAAACAAGUUCAUCUGCAUCAUCAUCAUCAUCAUCAUCGACCACCACUUCAACUACAACAACAAGUAAUAAUAAUAAUAAUAAUCAAACAUCAUCAUCAACAUCGAAUUUAUUACCUCCACCACAUCACUCUAAUCAACAACAAACAUCAGACGCAUACUAUAAGAAUCAUCUUGAUACUCUAACCAAAGAGAUCAAGUUGUUAAAGACUAAAUUAGAUACAUUUGAAAGAGAGAAUAAAGAUUUAAAGAAAUCAAUCUAUGAUUUAACUGGAAGAUAUGAUCAAUUAGUUUAUCAAACAGGAAAGACACAAAAACCUUUCAAUAUCGAUGCAAUCUUGUCAUCUCAAACACCAGAGGUUACAUCAUCGAUUGAUGCAUCGACUACUAUACCAUCACCACCACCUUCAUUGGUCAGUGAUGGUUCAUCAUUGACAGAGGAAAGAUUAUUAUCACAGACACAAAGAUCGACCAACAAGAAAAUGGAUGAAAGACACUUCUUUUACAAGUUUACUCUCAAAGGUCACAGUGCCAGUGUCUACACUGUCAAGUUUUCACCAUGUGGAAAGAUGUUGGCUUCUGGUUCAUUUGAUAAAAGUGUAAAGAUUUGGGAUGUAUUUAAUCAAAGAGAAAUUACAACAUUUUCAGAUCAUUCAGUAAAUGUUAGUGAAUUGGCAUGGAAUAAUGAUAGUACAGAGAUUAUAUCUGGAUCAUAUGACAAGUCUGUUAAAUUGUGGGAUUUACAAACAUCAAAGAAUCUUGUAUCCUAUUCUACAUCUGGUUUUAUUUUGGAUGUUAUGUAUUCUCCGAUCGAUAAUAAUAUCUUUUUCGCUGGAAAUACUCAAAAUCAUAUCAUUGGUUUUGAUAAACGUACUCCAAAUUCUAUAUUUGUUAUUGAAAAUGAUUCACUUGUAAAUGCUUUACAUGUAUUUAAAGAUGGACAACAUAUUUUAACAGGAGAUUCAAAUGGUAAAUUAAAAACAUGGGAUAUUAGAAAAGCAACCAAAGUAUCAUUACCAGAAGGAUUCCAUAACGAUAAUGUUGAUGGAACGAUUGGUAGUUACUCUUCAAACAGUAAUAAUUGUUUGAUUGACACUUAUGAAUCUGCACCUGAAAAUCGUCCAAUCUCUUCAAUUUGUAUGAACCUUGGUAGUGAAGGUGAUGAUGGUAGAUUCUUGGCUGUUAAUAGUUAUGAUAAUGUAUUAAGAGUUUAUGAUAGAUCAAAAGUAUCAAUUGUAUCACAUCCAUAUUCAUUGGCACCAAUGAAAUUAUUACAUUCGUUGACAGGUCAUAAAAAUAAGAAUUGGCCAAUUAAAAGUUCGAUCUUUGUUGGCAAAGAUUAUAGUGAUGGACCUAAUAUUAAACAAGGAGGUGAAGUUAAAUUGGAAGAUGAUGACGAUGAUGAAAAUAGAAACGAAGAUAUCAAUCAAUCAGUGUUGUUGGCAACUGGUAGUGCAGAUUACAACGCCUAUCUGUUUGACAUUGGAUUCAGUAAACAAAGUGGAAGAUUAUUACAAAAAUUAGAAGGUCAUACAGAUCGUGUCUACUCUGUUAAAUUCCAUCCAUCCGAACCAAUCUUGGCAUCUUGUUCUGCUGAUAGUACCAUCAGAUUAUGGUCUCCUAAAAAGAAAUUAUAA